AGCAGGGGUGGGAGAACGUGUUAGGGCUUUUUCCCCUGACUGCAAUCUGGGGGAGCAAGGGAACUGCGGGGGCUGGGGAGGAAGCUGGAAAGCCGUAGAGGGGGUGGGAAAAAAGAGGGCCAUGGGGAGAAUGAAGACGCGAGAAGCCCGGGGGUGGGGAGAGCAGACGUCAACGGAGACCUGAAGGAGGCGAGGAGGGACAGUAUCCGCGUCACCCCACCACCACCAUCACCAACUCUGCAUUAACCUCUUCUCACAGCCCAUUCCAUCAGCGAGUCCCUGCUAGGUGCCUCCUGGGAACCGCGCAGUCAAACCCACAACCUGACCCCGACCUACGCUAGCAUUUCAUUUCCCAGCCCCAGGUCUCUGAGGAAGCCACGGGGUGGGCAGCCGGGCCCCGUGGACCCGGUUCUGGGACCGGAGGAAGAGCUCACCCUCCCUCACCCUCCCUCACCCGCUCGCCCCAAAUUUCCCACCUUAAACCCUGAUGAACCAGCCCAGUUGGUUCUGAAGCCAGGGAGGCUGGUAGGUUCGAGAGGCAAAGAAGAGUCCGCGUCGCGGGGAGGGAGUGCGGGGCGGGGCACACGGUCAUUGAGGCGCACCGCCCCCCGCAAUGGGAGUACAUCUGCCUGGACCAUGCCUCCCAGCCUCACCCGCUACUACUGCUUUGUCUCGCAGAACUUGGAGGACUACCUGCAAGCUCUAAACAUCAACAUGGCUCUGCGGAAGAUCGCGCUGCUGCUCAAGCCAGGCAAGGAGACUGACCAUCGGGGCAACGACAAGACAGUGAAGACCCUCAGCACCUUCCGAAACUAAGUUCUGGAAUUCGAGGUGGGAGUGCAGUUUGAGGAGGACUUGAGGAUCACGGAUGGAUGGAAGUGCCAGACCAUUGUCACCUGGGAAGAGGAGCAGCUGGUAUGUGUAGAGAAAGGGGAGGUCCCUAACCGGGGCUGGAGACACUGGCUGGAGGGAGAGACGUUGUAUCUGGAAAUGACUGCAAGGGAUGCAGUGCACAAGCAGGUCUUCAGGAAGGUCAAGUAGCCAGAGAGGAGCUGAGGGCCCCCCCGGACCACGGCAGUCCCCAGUCUCCUCUUGCCUGUGUCCCCUUCAAGCCCAGAUGGUCCCAGGUCAGCAGUCCCUUUCUCAGAUCACUUACCCUCCCUCU